GCCCUGUAGAGUUCUAGAACUUUACCCAGCAUCCUCUUCGCGCUCAACAUGGAGGAACUGACGGUGGAGGUCCGUGGCUCCAAUGGAGCUUAUUAUAAGGGCUUUGUCAAAGACGUUCACGACGACUCGCUCUCCGUUUCAUUUGAAAAUAACUGGCAACCUGAAAGACAAGCUCCCUUCAGUGAUGUGCGGUUACCACCUCCUGCUGACGGCAAAAAGGAGAUCACCGAAGGAGAAGAAGUGGAGAUUUACUCCCGAGCGAACGAGCAGGAGCCCGGCGGCUGGUGGCUGGCUAAAGUGUGCAUGAUGAAAGGAGACUUCUACGUUAUCGAGUAUGCCGCGUGUGACGCAACCUACAACGAGAUCGUAACGUUUGAGCGUCUCCGCCCGGUCAACCUCAAUAAAGCUGUGACGGAGAGCACAUUCUUUAAGUGUGCCGUUCCUGUCCCAGAUGAUCUCAGAGCAGCAUGUGAGAAUGAACAAGCCCACAAGGACUUCAAAAAGGCGGUCGGAGCCAUUCGGAUUGUUUACAGCCCAGAGCAAAGUGAACUGGUUGUGUUGUCCAUGAGCGAAGCCACCGGCAAGCUCGUCUCGCUGCUGAGUGACAUGCAUUUACGCGGCAUCCGCACCAAACUCCUGCUCAUGUCCCGGAACGAGGAGGCCACCAAACAUCUCGAGAGUACGAAGCAGUUGGCCUCUGCAUUUCAAGAGGAGUUCACUGUGAGAGAGGACCUCAUGGGUCUCGCCAUCGGGAGCCACGGCAGUAACAUUCAGCAAGCCAGAAAGCUGCCGGGAGUGACCGCCAUCGAGCUGGACGAGGAGACGCGAACCUUCAGGGUUUACGGAGAGACUGCUGAGGCGGUACAGAAAGCAAGGAUUUAUCUAGAGUUUCUGGAAGAUUCAGUGCAGAUUCCUCGCAAUCUUGUUGGGAAGGUUAUUGGAAAAAAUGGCAAGGUUAUCCAGGAGAUUGUGGAUAAAUCUGGUGUAGUGAGAGUGCGCAUCGAAGGCGACAACGACAACAAACUCCCACGACAGGAAGGAAUGGUGCCAUUUACAUUUGUUGGUACGAAGGAGAGUAUCAGCAAUGUACAGGUCCUACUGGAGUACCAUAUUGCUUAUCUAAACGAGGUGGAACAGCUGCGACUGGAGCGGCUGCAGAUUGACGAGCAGCUGCGGCAGAUCGGAAUGGGCUACAGGCCCGUCCCAAACCGACCCGCUGAUAAGGACAAGAGGUCCGCCACUGAAGAGAGCAUCACCCAUAUCAACCGCUCCUACUCCGGCAGGGGCCGCGGCCGCCGGGGGCCCGCAUACACGUCUGGCUACGGCACUAACUCCGAGCACUCGUACGCCUCGGAGACCGACUCUGAGCGCAAGGAGGAGCUGAGUGACUGGUCCAUGGCAGGAGAGGAGCCCGAGCACAGCCCCAGACAGCAGAGGGACAGCAGGAGGAGAGCAGGAGAGCGCCGGGGCCGCGGCAGAGGGCCGUCCAGCUCCAUUAGCUCAGUCCUGAAAGAUCCCGAUGGAAAUCCAUAUAGUCUGCUGGAUGACACCGAGACGGAUCAUACAGCGGACACAGAUGCCAGUGAGUCCCAGAUGAACAGCAGCCGUCGCAGGCGCUCCCGUCGUCGCCGCACAGAUGAAGACAGCACAGUCAUGGACGGCAUGAGCGAGUCCGACAACACCUCCCUCAGCGAAAACGGUCUCGAUGAUGCUGAAGCUAAACCCCAGCGGCGCAAUCGUAGCCGCCGCCGCCGUUUCCAGCCUCCUGAGGAGAGGCAGCCAGUUACGGUGGCUGACUACAUAUCACGAGCCGAAUCUGAGAGCAGACAGAGGAACCCAAGAGAUCUGAGGAAGAACAAAAAGGACAUGGGUCAAGUGGAGUUCAUAUCGGAGCACAGCCCGGCUGAAGCCGUGAGCAAUGGCUCCACCAAAGCAGAUGAUCAGAGCAGAGCGCCACGAGCUUCCGCUGAGAAGACACCCAAAGCCAAGCCAGCCGUCAUCAACGGAGUCUCCUAACCAGUUCGCUUCAUAUCUCCAAACUCGUAACCUUUACAAUUUUACAAUAGUGCUUGUACAAGCUUGCCAAAGAUAGACGUACGGACUUCCACAAUCUCGAUUGCACUUUUCAGUUCCUUCACUAUGGAACAGAUAAUUACAAUGGAAAAAAAAAUAAAAAAUUAUGAGA